GUUGAAUUCAAUCUCAAAGUCUGCAAUGUAGUCCUGGUAAACAGGGCUUUGAUUGACAGGUCCCACAAUGCCUCACAACUGAAGCAAAGGCCACUUGAGUUCUGUUUCUCAGUACAACCAGCUCUGGCUGUAGUGGGAAGAAGCGCCUUUAAACCUGCCCAUGAAAGGGACAAGUAUAAAUCUCGCUGUAGGUUGGAGGAAACAGGACCACCUAAAAAAAAAACCAUGGGAACGUGCUGAGAACUUGCAAACUCCUUGCAGACUGGCUUUUCUGAGUUCAACACAUGUGGAAGCUGGAGUUGACCCUGGAACUGUAAGAGCCAUGCUGCCAUGAUGCCCUCCCUGAAAGUGAGAACUGCAGAGCGCACAGUUUCUGCCAGGAACCUAGAGAAUGUGAACUUACAUCUGACAACAGACACCACCCUGCAAGAACCAGCUUUGUUUGUAGACCAACAAAAGUGAAAAAGCAGUCACAUGUCAUGUUCACUGCGAAGUCCUGGUUCUUGACACAGGGAAGCCAUCGCUGAGGCUGGUAUUGCGUGGGGAGUGAAUCCAGCCACCAACAACCCCAGAAGCCACCAGAUACCCUCUGUGACUGCGGUGAGCAUAGCAGUAUCACAAUCUGGAGAGCCAGCACCCUGACCAGCGGAGCUGACCUUCACCUCUGUCAGGGUGGCUGGUGUGCACGACUGGGGCAACAUCAGCGAUCCACUUCUGGAGCCUUCUGCCUGUUCUUAUGGUCGUCUUUGUUUUCCUCACUUCUAGAGUGUAUCCUGAUCUGGCACUGAGACUCAGUCACCCACAGAAACUUCAUUCUGGCCCUGGAGGGCUGUGGUGUCUUUUGGGUUUCAUUGCACCCUGGACUCUUGAUGGCUUCACUGAAUUCAGUGUACGCUAAAUAUAGAUCUUUUCCCACCAAAGUCUCCAGGCCUUUACUCAGUGAAGAUUGUAAAUUACUUAAAAAUCCCCGUGUCUUCUCCCAUGGUAUGAACAUCACUGACUGAACUAGUUCAGGAAGAUCUGCAGGCCAUGUAACCUUAAUGAUACUUGUUUAUAUUUCAUAGUAAAUAUAUGGCUUGUUUACAAUGAAAUGUUAUUUUUGAUUUAUAUUAGCUGUUUAAGGUUACAUUCUUACGACCCCUACUUUUUCAGAGUGCUACAUUAACCAUAGACAGUGGUAUUGCUGCUUUGUAAAUAAUUUGAGGUAGAGCUACUGGAAUAAUUUAAUAAAGUUUAAAUAAUGUACAAGGAUCAAUAAUAUUUGUAUAAAGAUGGAUCAGAUGUGCUUUUAUUAAUUGGGAAACUAGGAAACGAAAACACAGGGUUACAGUCUUUUGUGACGAAUUAAAGCAAUCAUCAGGUAAGAAGGAGUAACGACUUGUCAAAUCUGUAACAGACAUUAUGCACCUCCACAUUAACAGGAGGUAACAGUAUAAAUGUGUGAAAACAUUGUGUUUUACACUUGUGCUAUAUUUUAGAUUACAACCCUGCGACGUUUUACUGUUGUGACUUGUUACGUUCUGGUAAACGCUACAGAACACCACAUUAAUGAUAGUACAACAGAAGACUACAAUACAGAAAACAUAGUUAUAUAUGACAAACAACUACCGUUUUAAUCUGUUAAUUUCAACAUGCAUGAAAAAAAUAUCCUUUUUGGAUUGGUUACGUCGGAACCUUCCCCUCCCAUUUGUUUUUCCGAGUCGGAAGAUAUUAGGUCUGACACCAGAUGUUACGGUUACUACCAACAGACCGGCUCUGUAACUAAGGAAGUGUGGUUCAUAGGCAGUUUCAAACGUGGAUAUUUACUGUUUAUGUAUCAGGUUUUCCAUGUACUCGCCAGUAAAGAAAAAUAACCUUUGGACGUGUAUCGUUCCAUUGCAGAAUAUAUAUAUAUUGAACAUAGUACGUGCAUUGCGGUAAUAAUUGGAAAUGUUUCAAUAAAGGACAUCAGAUGUGAUAAAGAAUCGUUUUAUCUAAAUACAUUUGCUACAUUUUAGAUACGUCUAAAUAUUGCUGUAUUUUUAAUUGAGCUGAAUCGAUGAAUGUGAAAUUUUAAAUCCGCAAAUCUGAACUGAAAUGCUUCCCAAUAAAUACCAAUACACCAGAGGACGAUUCCUUGCUCCAACGGUAAACAGCUAUAAUUUGCAGCUGGGGACCCUGAGCACUGCUGCGCCAGAACGAGUGUCGUUUCAGAAGCCGCUUGACUUUCGCCUGGCUAAAGACCUGCCUGGCCUCAGUAGAGAGGUAGCUCCAGACAGCUUGAGGAUUAAUGCAACCAGACAAGGCGGGAGGCUCAUCAGCGCUCAGAAUGCUGGAAGACCCUCCCAGCCUCCUGCGCUGGCCUUUGGCAUGGAGUUUACGGGGCAGGACAGGGUGCUGUGCCAGCUGUCUGCAGGCACUCCUCGGGGGCAUAGUGGUGACAGUGUGACACCAGCCCACAGGCCCUGGUCUAGGCAAGCUUCCCACAGCGCGGGGGCGAGCUCCUCCCACAGCUGCCCUCUAGACACCCCGAUGGCUGGCAAGAAGCUGGAAGGCGAUGCAGCAGUGCUUUUGGAGAACGCCUCAGCCCCUGGGGUCCCCGUGGCCUUCCGCUCCCGGGAGGACCAUGCAGCCAGCCCGGAGCGCCUGGAUCUGGAUGGGCGCCAUUUACAGGUCUGCCCCCUGCUGGAAGGGGAAGAGAGGCUCCGGCUGCUCAACUUCCAGCACAAUCAGAUCUCACGCAUCCAGCAGCUGUCCCACCUGCGCCGCCUCAUCUUCCUGGACCUGUACGACAACCGCAUUGGGGAGAUCUCCGGGCUCUCGGCUCUCACUUCCCUGCGUGUGCUCAUGCUGGGCAAGAACAGAAUAACAAGAAUCAGCAAUUUAGAAAACCUGACAAAACUGGAUGUGUUGGAUCUGCAUGGUAAUCAGAUCUCGAAACUUGAGAACCUCUCUCAUCUGGCUGAGUUGCGUGUGUUGAACCUCGCUGGAAACUGCAUUGCCUGUGUGGAGAACUUGAGGGGUCUGGACUCUCUGACUGAACUCAAUCUGAGACGUAAUUGUAUCACGACCGUGACAGAUGUCGACUGCCUGCCCUGUCUGCAGCGCCUCUUCCUCAGCUGCAACAACAUCACCAGUUUCGAUGAUCUUACUUGCCUUGGAGACAGCCGCUCCUUGUCUGAGGUCACACUGGAUGGAAACCCUGUAGCCCAGGAGACAUGGUACAAGCAAACUGCCCUGCGCUACAUGGUUCAACUGAGGCAGCUGGACAUGAAGCGAAUCACAGAAGAAGAGCGCCGCAUGGCAUCUGUCUUAGCAAGGAAGGAGGACGAAAAGAAAAGAGAAAGUCACAAGCAAGCUGUUCACAAGGAGAAGCGUCGCCUAGCGAUCCGGAAUGCAGCUCAGCAGUGGGAAGCUCAGGCGGUGAAACAUGGAUUUAAGGCCUGUCUGGAGCUCCCAGCUCAGGAUUGCGUGAAGCAGGAGGUCAGCCCUGAGCACAGCCCUGGGCAGCUCAAUGGCAUCGCUCCCCAUGUCUCUCAGGAGGAACUUAGGCGGCUGAGUCCCGCGGCUUCUGGUGAGAAGGCAGCCGGGGGCGGCGACAGCAGGACCCGCACUCCCAGCCGGCCCAACAGCCCCCGGGACCCCAGGCUCGCCGAAGCCACAGUCGGUGCGGGGGUGCAGAGCCUCUCCCUCUCUGACUCCCACCUGGCGGAGCUGGACGGGGACACGCUGAGGCUCUUCGGACCCGGGGCGCUGGAGGCCCUGGAGCGUGGCUGGGGGGUGCAGACCGCUGGCGCCGUCACGGCCAUCGCCUUCCGCUACAUCGACUUCGACACCAUCGUGCCCACCCUGCCGCGGAUCCGUGUCAAGUUUCCCAACGUCAGGCACUUGAUCUUCUCAAACAGCAACAUUAGCCGGCUGCCUCAGCUGGCCGCGCUGGCCCAGGUCAGGAGGCUGGACCAGCUGACUGUCCACCCCGAAGGCAAUCCGGUGGUCAGCCUGGGGCUCUGGAGGUCCUUUGCCAUCUACCGGCUCAACCACUUCAACCUACAGAGGAUCAAUGGCCUGGAGGUGACCAUGAAUGAUGUUAUAACAGCAGAGAGGCUGUUUGGUACCUUGGGCCACAUUGCAGCGACUGAGACUCCACACUAUCGCCUGCUUCUGCUCCUUGAAGAAUCCAGGAAGCGGCAGCUGCAGUUUCUGCUGGAGGGGCGCGGGCGGCGGGCGGGCCUGAGCCCGGAGGAGUUGCGGGACAACGGCAAGGCGCUGGGCGAGGGGCUGAGCAGGGCCCUCUUCAACUACCCCAGCCGGGACACGGGGGCCGACAGCACUGAGGAAGCCUUUUCCGAUGGCCCGGUGAAGACCCAGGUGUGCCGGGAAUUCGUGAGCGGUCUGGUGAAACGGGCCGCCGACACCAACCUGAAAGCAGAGUCCCUGCACAAGCUGUGGCCCUCGCUGUUCGUGGAGCUGGUCAGGGACAGCGUGCUGGACAUGUGGGGCCGGCCGGCGUACCGCCAAGCGUGCUUGCAGAGGAUUUCACAGCCCCAGUGACGCCCUGCAUGCUGCUCUCCGGCUGGGCCUCAGCCCCAGCUGCACCACGCCAGGACAGGGGCGCCCCUGCAGCAGGCCUCUGAUGUGCUGUUCUUCUGAUUAAAGUUUUUUUGUUUCAAUAAGCAACAUUUUUCACUUUCUACACUGCAUUGAAGUUAAAUAUUGGAGCCCUCUUCUCAAUGCAGUGACAUUUAAGGAAAACUUUAGCCUCAGUUUCGCCAAGGACUGAAAUGGUCUAAAUGUCUUUUGGUCUAAUAACGAAAAGACAUCUCUCUGACCACUAGUCUCCAAUUCCAGCUCUGGUUCCUCAUAAUGGCUUUCAUUUGGCUAAAGCCGUCUUGCAAGAACCCAGCGGAAAGCACCCAUGAGGUGGCUGGGACUAGAAUUUAAGAAAUAUUAAUAAAGAUUAGUUUCUGUUGCUUUUGUUUUUCAAUGGGAAUUCCAGUACAAAGGUUUCGUUUUAGAAUAAUUCUCUCUACAAAAAAAUAUCUGAGUUUUAAGCAUAUACACAAAUACAUUUUUUUCAGGAAUUGAUUUUAUGUUUUAAAUUAUUUCUGAAGAGAAGUGGAGGAGGAAUAAUGUGCCUAGAUGCUGAAAGUGAUAAAGCAAAACUUUUGAACAUAGAGUGUCUUCCCUUUUGGCUUUGCUUGUAUGGUCUGACUUCCUUUUCGGGUCAUCUGUCAUAUCAGCAUGGUUUAUCCUGUUACAGUAUAAACCCGUUAAUGAUAAAAGUAAAUGUCAGAGAGAUUUGCUGGGUAAACGUUUGAUAAUCUUGUGGUGAUUGUAUAUCUUAGGCUGUUAAAAAUUGGGGAAAAAAAUCUUUUCAACCUAUUUUUCUCAUAACUCUAAAUAUAAAACAAAUAAAAAAAAUAUCUUUAUCUUUAGUAUAACAUACUGACCAUUGUAAUGAUGCACACUUCCCCAUGGCUGUACUGUAUGUACUGCACAGAAAUAACCUGUGGUGAAUAAAGCAACCUUAGAGACACAA